GUUUAUGGAUGAUGUUACAUAGAAGAAGAACAUGAACGAGGAAAUCGAUUUGUUUGUUUAAAAUUUCAUACAAAAGAUUAAACUCAUUCAGGCCCGUAAGUGUCACUGGAAAAGACCCCCUAUCAUCCUGUACGUUUGAAGUGCUUUAUUGAAAUAGAUUGCAGAAGAUUUCACAUUUUUCACUGGAAAGGAAAAGUUGUUGGAACUUAAAAAGUGCACAUUCCUGUUACCAAGAUGCUGCUUUUAAGAAACAAGUACACUUAUAAUAUGUAGGCGACUGAGUGAAACUUUGAUCCUCUUCCCUACAAGGACAUCAUGGCAGGUUUGAAUGAGAAACUACGUAGUGCUGCUUUCUUUGGCAAAUUAAAAGAUUUGAAAAAAUGCAUACAAAAAGGGGCAGACUUGGAAUAUAGAGAUAGUGAAGAAAUGACACCAUUGUUGUGGGCAGCACAGGAAGGACACCUGGAGGUCCUUCGUUAUUUGGUACUAGUCGGCUGUGAUACAGAAGUCAGAGACACCAAGUAUGGAAAGACACCAUUAUUGAAAGCGGCUGCCGAAGGUCACCGAGAGAUAGUCAAUUAUCUGGUCACAGUCGGCUGUGAAAAGGAAGUGAGAGAUAAGGAUGGAGCCACACCAUUAUUGUGGGCAGCAUUUAAAGGACACCUUGAGAUCGUCCGUUUUCUGGUAACAGUCGGCUGUGAUAAAGAAGCCAGAGACACCACGGUGAUUAUAGACAUUAGCUCUUUAGUCUUAUACCUCUAUUAAUAUUGAAUCAAUACAAAAUUAUGUUGUUAAUCAGACAGGUUUAAUGGACAAUACAUAUUGUUAGAAUUGAAAUAAAUCGUGUUAACAUGUCAAUUGUAAAACUAAAUCAGAUAAUUAACAUGAUUAUGAUUUUUUUUCUAACUUUAGAUAUUGUGUAAACCUCUGAUUUUACCUGGAUUUGAUGUUAUUUUAAAUUUACUCAGAUCUUUUAUAAAGAA